AUGGAACAUGAGAUGAUAGGAAAUAGCAGAAAUCAGCUACGCAGCCCAUUGAACCUGUUCUGCCAUGCUCAAACCUCUGUGACACUAAAGACACCUGCACAUGUUGACUUGCAAAUUGGUGAACUUCAAAACAUCAGUGUUGUUCCAAGUGCACGCUUGCAGGAGACUCUAGUUGUCACGUUUAAUGUUACAUUCUCAUCGAAGCAGACUUCAGUUGUCGAACUGCCUGAAUAUAUUAUAUUACCUGCUCACUCAGCGAAUUCGACAGUUUUACCAGUCAGAGGAGUUGAGGUUGGUCAGACCACUGUGAAUCUUCAAAACAACCGCACCAGCAAUGUGACCAGGCUAGAGGUUCUGAUUGACUCUGUAGUGACCCCUCAAAUGUUUGCCAUUGGGAUCCAGGAAGGCAAAGGCAAUCGAGGAGAGCAGAAAGUGUCAAAGGUUACUACUGGAUUGCUGGUGGCUGCCUGGCUUUUUGCCCUUAUCACUUUGUUUGUGACUGCAGCGAAUAAAAUCACAUGGCUGGAGUACCUCUACUAUUUUUCCUACAUCAAACUUGUAAUAACCGUGAUCAAAUAUGUGCCCCAGGCCUAUAUGAAUUAUCGAAGGAAGAGCACAAUUGGUUGGUCAAUUGGGAAUGUGCUGCUAGAUUUCACUGGAGGAAGUUUCAGCAUUGUGCAGAUGUUCUUACAGUCUUAUAACAAUGAUGAAUGGUUGCUGAUUUUUGGAGACCCAACAAAGUUUGGCCUUGGAUUGUUCUCUGUUUUAUUUGAUAUUUUCUUCAUGAUACAGCAUUAUUGUUUGUACAGACAGAAGUCUGACUACAGCCUAAUGGACACAUAAUUAAUAUUUCUGCACAACACAUCAAAACUCUGAAAACUAUUCAUGGGGAAUUUCUAACAAGCACAUCAUGCAAGAUUAUCAAAAGCAGUUGUGCUUGAAACAACAGUAACUGCGUCAUUCAGUACAACCAAGGUUCUUAAAAUUGAAGGCAUGGAAUAUCGUGUUCCAAACGCACACAUUGAAGACUUCCACUGUUACAAAGCUUCAGUUUUUCCACUGGAAGCGGUUGCUUUUCAUUCCAACAAUCUUUCUACUGCAUCACUCCCAGGUCUAGUCCAGGAUUCAUCACCGAUUCAAGAAAGGCCAAAUCCCCAUCCUCGGUUGACCCAUGAUAGGAAACACCUGCAACCUUGUCCAUAGCGGGAGGUCUGCAAAUGAUUAAAAAUUUGUCCUAAGUCCAUAAAAUGUGGGAGAACAUUUUUUAAAUAUAAAUGUAAUCUGUUUAGAGAAUAAGUAAGCCCUCUCUGGAGGCUCUAAUGAUAGGUUAUCAAUCUGAAACAUGAAGUCUGUUUUUCUCUCAAUAGAUGCUGUCUCAUCUGAAAAUUUCCAGUAUUUUUAUUUUGUUUAUAUUUAUUGGAGGGACUCUUCCCCCUCUUCACCGUCCCCUCAACUUGUGAUGUUAAUGGGGAUGGCCAGAAGGCAUCUAGGGUUAGAAUGUGUUGAUUUCUCAUUCAUGGGAUCAUCAAAUUGUUACAGCACAAGGCCAUUCAACCUGAGCCCUACUUUUCUCCCAUCGCCCUGUAUUUUUCCCCUUUUCAGUUAAUUAUCCAAUUUCCUUAUAAAAGCCUCAAUUGGCCCUGCCUCCACCCGGUGCAUAGGCAUGGCCUUCAAGAUCCCAUUCAGUUACUGCGAGAGAAACAAUUCCUAAUGGCCCCUUUCGUUUUGCCAAUUACCUUAACUCUGGACCCUCUGGUGCUUAUAUUAAAAUAAAAUAAAGAGCUGCAGAUGCUAGAGAUCAGAAAUAAACAAAAACAAACUGUUGGAAAAACUCGGUAGGUCUGGCAGCAUCUGUGGAGAGAAAGCCAGAGUUAGUGUUUUGAGUCCGGUGACCCUACCACAGAACUGAUAGCUAGCGAAAGGUAGUCCUCAACAUAGAAUUUAACAAUUUCAGUGCAAGAAUACCCCUUGUCUGAUAUCUACCCCUACAACCCCAGGUUCUGUCAUGAAAUGUGUUGCUUUCAGCACCGCCAACCCAUUUUCACUUACUCAUAGCCCCCCCCACCCCCGUUAUCACCUAUCUAGUUUCUUCCCUGGCUUACUAACAAUCCCUUUGCUUAACUUCUUUUGUCUCUUUCAGGCUCCCUUUCUGCAUAAUGCUUUUCACACACACUCCGCUCCCCUCCCCACUUUCCCAUCAUCAGCAUAAAUAUUACCUUUUCCUAGUUGCUAUUCUUCUGAAGAAAGGUCACUGGACUUGAGGCGUUAAUUCCGUUUUCUCUUCACAGGUGCUGCCAGACCUGCUGAGUUUCUGCAGCCAUUUCUGCGUUUUGUAUUGUGUAUAGCUCUGUCAAAUCUCCUCUCCACCUUUCCUUUACUGAGAAUAGUCGAGAUUCUCCAACUCCAAGUAACAGGGCAUGCAACACAGCAUCCUGGAUUGAAAUCUCUGGCUAGAGAAAUGCUCGAGUAUUUGCCUAUUGAACCUCCUGUCCCUGUUGUUUCAGGCUUUGUGCACUCCACCCACCCCCACUACACGCCACACCAACUAUGGUGUCAUAAAUUCAAAACAAUCAACUUAGUUGCAUACUAAACAGUUGUGCUAGGAAAGGAUGAUAAAGCCUUAGCAAAGAUUCAUUUUAUUGCAAUAUUUCCUGAUAGUUAGUGAUAUCUGCUGGGAGCAGAAUUGAAAUAACAUACAACUUUGUCAAAUCACUCCACAAAUAUGCAUUCCAAACUUGUCAGAAAUGCCGGGAGUUGUCUUUGGGAGCCAACUGCACUUGACCAGUUAGACAGUUCUACUGCUUGGAGACCAUUUAAGUUGGUGAUAAUUGUGAGUACAUGCCCAAUUUUAAAGUGCAACCCCUCCUCAACUGAGUCAUUGUUCAGGCAACUCUUGUGGAAUUGCUAAUGCUUUGGUUCGAACUUGGUGCUAGAGAUUUGAGUUUACCCCUUUCUUAUGGGUAUGGGGCAGGAUUUGGUCUGGUCCUACUUUUAAUAAACUUUACCUUGUGAGCAAUCCUGCAUCGUCUCCGCUGUUUGGUCUGAGUUUGAUGUAGUUGGGUAUUCUAUUAGAUCUACAACUUCAAUGGAAAUUGUUUUGUAUCCACUGCUGAUUCAGUAAAGCUUCUAACUUUUGUACUUGUAACCUGUAUAUUCAAAAUAUAAACUUUGUCAAAUUAAAAAUAUUAAUUUUUCCUUAA